GUACACCCGCUCCGUGGCCUGGUUGAAAGCCACGUCACCUCCCUCCGCCCCCAAAGUUCCACGAGCUCGCGCUCCAAUCAUUGCGACGCGCGCCGCUCCCCUCCCCUCCCCGCGAGCCCGGCCCAGAUUGGCCGCUCCUCCUCCUCCUGCUCCUCCUCCGGCUGCAUCUGUUAUCAGAAAUUUAUCACUAUUGUGGAAGGACAUCUGCUCACAGAGUUGCUUCAGAAGCCAGAACAAAGCUAUUUGCUGUCUUGCUUGCAUGGCAACCAACGAAAACCUCCCACCAAAUGUCAUUAGGCAAUUGGCUAAAGAAUUGAAGAAUCUUGACCAGUCACCUCCAGAAGGGAUAAGAGUGAUUGUGAAUGACGAUGACUUCACAAGUAUUUGUGCAGAUAUAGAUGGCCCUGGUGGGACUCCGUACGAGAAUGGGGUUUUCCGGAUGAAGCUAGUCUUGUCCCGUGACUUCCCUCAAUCCCCACCGAAAGGAUUUUUUGUGACUAAAAUAUUCCAUCCAAACAUAUCAAGCAAUGGUGAGAUCUGUGUUAACACGUUGAAAAAGGAUUGGAAUCCUACUCAUGGAUUAAGGCAUGUUCUACUGGUGGUGAGAUGCCUGCUGAUUGAACCAUUCCCAGAAUCUGCGCUCAAUGAGCAGGCUGGAAAGAUGUUACUUGAGAACUAUGCGGACUAUGCACGGCAUGCAAGGUUAUACACGAGCAUUCAUGCCCUCAAACCUAAGAGUAAGCCCAAGAGUGGCACUAUCUCUGAGUCAACUUCUGUAAACGUGGAUCAGUCAAGCACAAAUCUAUGUGAAACUGCACCAUCAACGCCCGUGGCUUUAUGUGCUACUGCUGCUACCAAAGUGCCGGGCUCAAACUCGCUGGAUCAGAAUGCUCCCGCUGAGCCCACUGUUGGAUCAUCUACGGCAUUGCCCAAGAAGGAAGGACCUGUUGCUAAGAAGAAGAUGGACGCGAGGAAGAAGAGCUUGAAGAGAUUGUAAGCAAAAUGUUGGGGGAUAGGAGGUGCCAGAUGUAGCAGACGAGUGAAUAUUGGGCAUUUGGGCUCCAGGUGACAUGAGAGGCAUCUGGUAAAUUGUUUUGUCACCUACAGAAAUUAUGUCAAAAGAAUGUGAAUUGUAUAUCUUGCAUCAACACUUCGUGUAAUAACAAUUCUCCUAAAGAAGGCUUGCCUUCUCUAUUCAAUUAAUUCGUUCUCUUUAGAAAA